AUGGUCAACCAUGACCACCAGCGCUUGAAUCAAAUCAUGCUCUCUUUGCGCCAGGUGCAAUAUGAAUGUGUGGCCGAGCAGAAGUGCCACAACCAGAUGCUUCAAAUCAUGAGGAAUUGGAGAUGUCCAGACCAAAUAGAGCAAUGGGUGGCACAAGACGCGACUUUGGAUCAGGCAUUGAUCCGAGCGUGCCGGCGGUUGGUGCGACAGUUCCUAAUGAAGCGAGCGAAUGAAAAGUCUCCAAGCGGCCUCACGUACAAUCAGCUGGUGAAAGCGCUCGACAGUAGAUACACCUGCAUGGAGGACUUCUGCCGACAUAUUGUUGAUCCCUUGGGCAGGGAUGCAGAGACAUUGGCCCUAGAUGCCCUUCCACAACAGCUGGGCAUCGGCUUGCGAAUGUGGAUCCUGGACCGACGUGAUGAGGUAAAUCUUGUCAGCCUUGACACUCCGGGACCACAAAACGAGGUCGAUGUGCACGUUUUGUUCAAGCCUGGCCAUUAUGACCUGCUGUAUCCAGGCCCACAUUCUGACAGCGCUCCACCCACGUACGCAGCAUGUGGUGUAAAGCUGAGACUCCAACACGACAGGUCCUUAUUGGAGACCACCAACAACUUCGACCUUCAACAGCUGCCAAGCCCUCAAGUUUAUCGCUUGUCCAAGCAGUUUCAUUUGGACGUGUCACUCUUCGAGCGGUUGAUCCACAACGGAGCUGACCAUGUCACUCUGCUUCAGCAGAGACGAAUGCAUCCGAAGAUAUCUCGCUUGAUCAAGCCGUAUUAUCCUCAACUUCGGGACCAUUCCAGCACUGAGAGGUAUCCGGAGAUUCGAGGCAUCAAUGCAAGAAGCUACUUCAUGACGCACUUCCACUUCGAGGACGACGAGGGAGAAAGUCAUUCCCAUUUAAACACAUUUGAGGCGAACUUUGUAAGCGCUUUGUGUGCGCAUUUGGUCUCAUGUGGCUAUGAGGAGUCGCAGAUCACGGUGCUAUCACCAUAUUUGGGCCAGGUGCGUUUGUUGAAGAAGAGGAUCCAGCGUGAUCCAACAACGCAGCAAAUCGCUGUGACAGCUGUUGAUAAUUUCCAGGGUGAAGAGAACGACAUCAUUGUCAUAUCAUUGGUCCGUUCCAAUAGGGCUCGUCAAAUGGGCUUCCUUGCCGUGGAGAAUCGAAUCAACGUGGCAUUGACCCGUGCGCGCCAUGGUAUAUUCAUUGUUGGCAAUGCAGUCUUCCCCUCAGCUGCACUUGACGUCUCACAACUGCAGCUUUGCCAUAUUGGAAAGUUAUCGCGCCCAUCUAUCUUCGUUUUGCUCAUCACUUGUUGA